AUGCCGAUGCCUGCGUGGUCUGGUCUUGCUUCAUUAUCAGACUUGAUGGCUUCAGAGUUCAAAGUCCAAGGUAACUCGGCUGUUUGUCGCAGUCCGUCCUCGGGAGUGCUCCGCGUGUUGGGGAGGGAUGUACGAGCGGAUUCGGCCCGGCACUUCGGUAGUUACUUUAUCCAAAUUAGAAAAUUAACUUUGUUAUUGCCGAAACCUCGAGCUGUUUUGCCGAACAACAUCCCAACCACGUUUCGGAUUACAGCAGAAGGAGAGACAGGGGCAGUCAGGAUAGCUGCUGGGGAGAGUGAAAAUCAGCUGCAAUUUAUGACAAUUCUCCCGUUUACAAUAUCCCACUUAGCCAAAGAGUUCGGAGAACGGGAAACAACGAAGAAAUUCAUUGGUUGA